AGUGUUGAAAGCGGAGCAGUGCGCGCGCGCGCUGUUUGUUGUUGUUCCCGGUGUAACGGUUUGACGCAGGUUCCGGUUUCCCCCGUGUUUAUUGCCCCGUGUUUAUUGCCCCUUGUGUAUUGCCCCGUGUGGCUGUGCUGAGGCGGACCCGCCAUGGCUCUGCGCGGCAGUGUGGGGGCCUCGGCGUUACCCAGUGAGCUGAUCGUCCACAUCCUGUCGUUCCUGUCAGAGCGCGACAGGCUGCGGGCCUCCGGUGUGUGCGCGCGCUGGCGGGAGUGUGUGUUCUACCCCGCGCUGUGGGGCGGCCUGAAGCUGCGCUUCGCCACCGGCGUCGCCUCGGGGCCCGGACACGGCUCGGGAUCGGCGGCCACACCGGAGGACGACACGCCGAGGCUCGAGUUCCUCAUGCGGCGCUUCGGGGCGUUCGUGCGGGACCUGAGUCUGGAGUUCGGGCCGCUGGACGCGUGCGGAGGAGAACCGCAGUGUCACGAGCGCUGGAGAACCGCAACACUCACCUACCUGCAGCACGUGCAGUGUGUGUUCAGUCACCUGCGGAACAACAGGAACCUGCAGAAGCUCAGUGUGUACGGAGACACCUUCGUGCUUCAGGACGAUGUUCUGCAGGACGGCUCUUACCUCAGUCAGGUGGAUCAAGGGGGCAAGAAGGUUAAAGAAGUUCAGCAGCUGUUUGAGGACUUCCUGUCUAACAGUAGACAGCUGAAGUGGCUCUCGUGCUCCUUCAUGCCUGGUGUUUUGACUCCACGCUCUCUGUCCUCGUUGUCUAACCUGAGUGCUGAGACUCUGCAGCAUCUGAGUCUCCUGGAGCAUCAGACCUCCAACCUGUUUCCGUCCUCAGAGCUGCAGCGCUUCUCUAACCUGCGCUCGCUCUCCGUCGAUUACUGCGACUUCUCCUCCUCCAUGUGCCAGCUGUUGGCAGACGACAACCGAGCGCCGCUGUUACGUUUAUCUCUUCUGCUCAACGGCGCCACCGUGGAUUCCCGCUCUCUGGACGGCACCGCGACCGAUUCAGACCUGAAGGCACUGACGAGGAGAAACGCAGACCUGCGAGUGUUCCUGAUGGUGCUAGACGUGUCUGACGAGGUGCUGGAGAGCGUCCUGAAGCCCAGCCUCCCUGUCGAGCGGAUCCACGUGGACAGUUACGUCACGCCGCUUAGCGACGCCAUCCUCGAGCGGGUCUCGCUCCAGUACCACAAAACGCUCACACACUUCAUCCUGACCAGAGACGACGGACGAUUCCCCGACCUCAGCGGAAACAGAAACGAGGACCCGCUGGUGCUGCUGGCGUGGCGUUGUGUUCAUCUCUCUGUGCUCAUCAUCCACGGUUACACGGUGUGGUCUCACAACCUGGUGGCCAUCUCUCGUCUGCGUGGUUCCAGUCUGCGUGUCCUGGUGGUUUCUGAGGAGAGCAUCAACUUCGACCCGGACCAGGCGCUGUUCUCUAAGGGCGACCCGGUGCAGACGCUGGUGAAGGAGGUGUCGCAGGGUCUGGGCCGCGCCUGGCACCCCUCCAUCGGCAUGGAGAACGUCGCCACGGAGAUCAACGACCCCACGCUGCAUUUCCACUGCGAGAUGCAGAGCUUCAGCGAGAACAUCUAGAUUGUCUCUCUCUCUCUCUCUCUCUCUCUCUCUCUCUCUCUCUCUCUCUCUCUCUCUCUCUCUCCCUUUCGUUUUUCCUAAUGUGUGUCAUUGCUACGUGUGUUGGUUCGUUCUGUUGCUCCCUGCGAGCUCCUCUACAAGCUCAUUUACAUAUGAUCUCACACUCACGUUUAUGUAGUGUGUGUGUGUGUGUGUGUGUGUGUGUGUGUGUGUGUGUGUAUGAGCUACUGUCAUCUUUAAUCAUCACCUCCUUUAUUAUUUCCCCUACUCCUCCGUUCCUCCCCUGUGAGGCAGAACAGUUCUAACUUUUUCCUUCCCGUUUCUUCCCGUUUCUUCCCCUCGCAGUGCGACUUAGCGCCCCCUACGUGUCAGUGAUGCCGGUUACGUCCUUUAUUUCCUUUUAUUUCCUGUGUGAAUGAAUCCUGUGUAUUUGUACGUGUCGUGUUUAACCAGUAUUAUUAGUGCUAUAUAUUUAUAUUGCUCUAUAUAUCCUGCUUACGGACCGUCGCCUAGGAGAUUAGUAGCUUGCUGAUGAAUGGACGCUGGAGAGGGGCUUUAUUAUUAUUAUUAUUAUUAUUAUUGUUGUUGUUGUUGUUACUAUUAUUUUUUAAAAGCUUCGUUCCUACAAUCUCGAUCUGGAGUUACCUCAGACUAUCAGCUCCGUCACGAUCAGGCGAGACGAGUCUUCCAGCCGAGUGUGAGAAGCUGAGAGAUGAUUGGCUGGAUCCUGGCCUUCGGCUCUGUUCAUCACUUCCUGUUGGCUAGAUUUCUCAGUGAUGAUGAUGAUGAUGAUGAUGAUGUUUUUUUUUUUUUUGUUUUUUUUUUAAAUCAUACACUUUGGCUUCACAAAGAGUCCUUUAGCACAAAAUCAGGACUCUCUGUCUCAGGUAGGAGACGACGACUAUGAUGAUGAUGAUGAUGAGGUUACACUGAAGGUUUUCUGGAGGUCUCAGGAUCUGGAUACUUUGGCUCUGUGGGCUGAGCUGUGAUGUUGGAGCUCCACCCUGUUUGUGUGGUGUGGUGGUUUUUUAUGGGCUUUUUCUCUCUCUGCACGUGAGUGGUCCAGACCGAAGCGGCGUGUGACAGAAGGUCGUGUGUCGGUGCUUCCUCUCGGCUGUCGCUCGUCGUGCGCCGACGUCUCGAGCUCUCGCCGUGUGUCGUUCUCCUCGGCUGAGACCCAGAACUGUCCGUGUUUCAGCAUCUCCAUCGUGCUGCCAAAAAACCCUCGAGAUUACGUUAUCGUGUGACCGAGAUUUCCCGAUCCGUCGUGUAAUCAGUCAUCAGCACGUGCCUAGACGCAGGAGAACCUGUUUUUAUAUUUUGUUGUUGUAAUCUCAAGGGUGUGAGGCAGAAUCUCAGCCAAAACGAGGUGAAUCCUGCUGUGUGUGUGUGUGUGUGUGUGUGUGUGCGUGUGUGUGGACCUGCAGUGUGUGCAUGAGAAGGAGGAGCCAUUUUAAACCCUGCAUGUGCAUUAGUGUGUGUUUACCUGAGCGUCUGCUUUCUAUUUUAGUCUCAUACCAAAAACCUACAGAAGUCUUUCUAUAUUUGUACAUAAUUAUAUUUGUGUUGAUGCGAGUCGGAGGGAGACGAAUGCUGAGAGCACUGAGGUGUGUGUGUGUGUGUGUGUGUGCCUAAACCCAGACUAGCUUUCACGCUUGUGUUUGUGAGUAAUGUGUUACUGACAUAGCGUAUUUAAAGCGCGUGUGUGUGUGUGUGUGUGUGUGUCAGCAGGAGGCGUGAACCACUUUAUCUCAGCGGUGAACAGGUAACGGCCGUUCUCAGGGUGCGUGUGGGUAAAAGCGCAGGUUUCGCUCAGGCCUCUUUAACACGAUCACGAUCUCGUCAGCGUGUGCCGUUCAGCCCGAGAAGGACGCGAUGGCCGUCGUCACGCCGACGUGAUGGAGUGUGGGGACGUCUGUGUUGUGGGGACGUCUGGAGCGGAUGGUUACGGUUGUGUUUGUAGUUGAGAGGAGAUGCUGAGAGGAGGAGGAGUCUGUCGUGAUAUAUCGUGCAUCAGUUUCUCAGCUGUUACUGAUGCAGAAAGAAAAAAGCGAGUCACUGGAAUUUAAUUUUCUCGGCUGCCAAAGAUCUCGGAGCCGCCUCGCCUCGACUCGGUUUGUCACUUCUUUCCCGCCGCUCCGGGGUUCGGGUUGAGGUGCGUUGUGGUUUGGCGUCUGUGCUGCGGCGUGGUUAUUAUUCCGGGUUAACACCAGUAGAUCUCUCGUAUAUUAAUGCACCUGUUUUCACUGUGAAGAGCGAAUGUACUUUAACCCGAGGUCCUUCUAUCAGACCUGCUAUAAGCUGCUAUGAGACGUGUAAGGAACAUUCCACUGGGGAGUCGAGAAAACACGGCCAAAUGUCUGCGUGAGAUACGAAUACCUUUCUUCUUCUCUUCUCUUUUUUAUUUCCUCUGUAUUUUUUUCCUGCUUUGGGUCUGAGAGUCCGAGGCCCACUGGGACUGGACCUUUACCGUACCGGUGCCUGAGCUGGGUCAGGUUUAGAGCAGUUAAAGGAUCUUUAUCGCUUAGGUGGCGUGUGUUGGGGUGAGUAUCGGCCUCACACGGGCCAGAGAGAUGAGAAUGCCGGGGCAGAUGAAGCCCCCUGUAAAGACCCUCAGCUGGUUUCAGCCCCAUCAGAACAAACUAUGCAAGUGGAAAGUGUACGAUCCGUACGAUGCAGACGAUCCGGUGGCUCUUAACCUUAUUUUCUUUCUGUCACUUCAACGAAAACGUUAAUUCCACUUGGCCUUAUUAUUCUUCUUCUUAUUAUUAUUAUUAAUAUAAAGACUCUUAUUAUUGUUUUAAGAUCUCGAUUCUUCGGAAGCCGACUCCAUUCCGUGGGUUCAGACGUGGUCUCUGUGAGACUGGCCAGCAGGCCCCAGUUAUUAAUAUGUGGUACGAAUGUUGUGCAUUUGUUUAAAAUCAGGAUAGUCUGCAAUAACGCAGUGGCCAUCAGGGGGCGUGUGCAGUGCUACCACCGGGCGGCGCUGCUUAGAAACGUCACGGUGCAGAGAGGUGACGGCGUGUGCAGCGUUAGACUUUAUAUCGCAAUCUUCAUGACGAUCGUUCUACAACUAAACACUUUACAUCUGAAACGUUAAAAGUUACUUCUGCUGUUUCAUGGUAACCUUCAGGGUGGAGCUGACACCGUCAUGUCACCGUCACACCGUCAUGUCACCGUCACACCGUCAUGUCCCGUCACCAUCGUGUCCUUACCUCGACCUCAGAUAGAGCGUAGUGCGCAGCUCCAGCGUUUGACACAACGGUAACGUCGCGACUGAUUUUAUUGUCGUUUAAAACUAACGUAUUCGUCGUCAAGCCACGUGUUAACGAGGUGGUUUAUUGUGUAGAAACGUGAGUAGACGUGUUUUCUAACAAAUUGAUAAUGACUAGCUACGUUAACUAGCUAGUGUCAUGUGAUCACAGUCUGCUAACGCUCAAGUCCGGUCUGAGGAACCGGAGGCAUGUGAUUGGUCGAUCGUUAAACUCCGCCCUUAUCGACAGUGAGGUUUUAAUGUUCUGGUUCUGAAUGUUGCGAUAUAACACUAAUGCACACGCACCUCAAGGGUAUAUAUACAUAUAUAUCCGUGACGAGUACCUCAACGCCACGUCUGUUAUAAACGUGUGCGUUCUGUUUAUGAACAUGGAGAACGUUUAUAAGCGUCGUUUUGUUUUUGCAAAAAAAAUAACAAUUGUGAAUAACUGGUUUUAACAUCUUAAAGAAGUGUAAUAUUUGGGCAGGUGUGGCGUCUGCUCUGUUGUCUCCACUGAGCACAUAGCAUUGGAUUUUAUAACGUACGUCUCCAAACAGGAAGUCCUCUGGCACUCGGGGUGAACAUGCCAGGCAGGGAGAGCUUUUAAUCAUUUACACAGAGAUCUGAAAUCUGUUUCACCGUAAAAACGAAGGAAAAAAAAAACCUCCGAUCCAAACAAAGCGUAACUGACGUGUUGGAUUAAACCAGCAUGAGUGUUGAUUUGAAUCGAUGUAGAAUGAAUGCAAUUUCUUUUAAUCAGUAAAUAAAAGUGAUUAAGAACAAA